AGGCCGCGCGUCCCGUUCCCGUCCCUCUCCGGAGGGUCACGGCGCGGGGGGGGCCGCGGGGGGCGGCAGGAGCAAUGGGCGCCCGCCGCUGAGGCCGCGGCGCCCCGCCGGCUCGCCCCUGCCCGCUGAGGCCGCGCCGCCGCGGCCGCGGGACUGGGCGGGAUGGUGCAGUCGUGUUCCGCCUACCGCUGCCGGAACCGAUACGACAAAGAGAAGCCCAUCUCCUUCCACAAGUUUCCUCUUACAAGACCCGAUCUUUGCAAGAAGUGGGAAGCCGCUGUUAAGAGGAAAAACUUCAAGCCGACCAAGUACAGCAGCAUUUGCUCAGAACACUUCACCCCCGAUUGCUUUAAGAGGGAAUGCAAUAACAAGCUCCUAAAGGAGAAUGCGGUGCCCACAAUAUUUUGUUACACUGAACCCGGUGAAAAGUCUGAAGAAUUUGCAGAACAGCCGGAAGAUCCGCUACCACCUCCCCCGCUGCCGCCACCGCCGCCGCCUCCACCGCCCCCGCCCCCGCCAGCAGCUCCGGUGCUACCACCACCUCCAUCGACUCCUUUCCAUUUGCCCCAAAUAGAUGCCAGGUUUGUAGACCCGAGUAUUGGAUUACUGAUGCCUCCUCUCCAGACCCCCAGCAACCUCGCCGUUUUUUGUGAUCAUAACUAUACCGUAGAGGAUACGGUCCACCAGCGAAAAAGAAUUCAACAGCUGGAGGAACAGGUUGAAAAACUGCGGAAGAAGCUCAAGACGGCGCAGCAGCGAUGCCGACGUCAGGAAAGACAGAUUGAAAAACUGAGAGAGAUUGUUCAGUUUCAGAAGGAAAAAGACAUACUGGCAGGAAAAGGCUAUGUGAUUCUGCCUAAUGACUAUUUUGAAGUUGUAGAAGUACCUGCCUAGAAGUCACGAACAUCACUUUUCACUUCAGCAGGCCAAGAAAUUUAGUUUAAAAACUAAAUUCUUUCUAAUUCUGUAUGUAAGACUCUCCAGAAUUCUAAAACAGUAAAUAAGCAGUCAUACAAAUGAGGUAAUAUUUUUUCUUCACUGUCGUUUCAGUUUGAUACACUUUUAAUACAUUGAAGAUGCACACAUCUCAGAAUUAGAAUAUGCAGUGAAUUUACAAAAUAUGAAUUGCUUUACAGAAGGAAAGGAUGCAAGGUUGAAUACACCUAGGAAUUUUUUUUUUACAAUGUCUGUCUUAUGCUUAAAGGGAAUGGAGAUUGAAUCUGGCUGAGAGUGAAGUUGAGGUGGUUGUACACCUGGUGCUUUGUCAAGGAAUUUAACAUAGGCUUUGGUAAUCCCCCAGUAAGUAAUUUUCACUGAUUUUUAGAAAGAGCAGAAUUAGGUCAGCUAACAACAUCUGCAAGUUUUUUAACAAGUGCUGCAGAAAGAUAGAUGAGAUACACAUUUCAGUCUGGGAAAACUUCCAGCCUCAGUUUGCUAUGCAUUUGAAGCACUGCGAAAAGUCUAAUUCCUGGAUCCCUUUGGGUGAGGUAUGUAAAUGAACCUCGUCUUUUGGAAUAGCUGUUCAACACGUAUGUUUUGAGGGUGGAGAGCUGUAGAAGCAGCUUUUGUGAAGUGAAGGGCUGAACUGAACAUGUAUGUUACUGAACUGUUGACAGGAUCAAGAGGGCAAAGUACUCUUCAUGGUGACUGCUUUGCAAAAGUACCCUGGUAAUAUACAGUCCCCAGUAUGUUGUAGUGUCAUGUUCCCAUAAGCACAUUACCCAUGUAAUGGGUAGAGUGUUGCCCUCAUUUUAAAUUUUUGCACUUAAGUCACAUGUGAACCCUGUGUAGCUUCAGGAGGUGAAGGCUUUUUUCCUUAUCCAGGGAGUCAGAUAUUUGUGACUUGCUCUGCAAUAUACUGUGAUUUUCUUUCUUUUGCUUUUUUUUUCACUCCCCAAAAGGCAUCCACCAAAGGGCAGUUAGGGAAUUAGACUUUGGAGUUGCUUGGUGCUAGACUGGUUUAUAACAUCUCAAAUGCUGCUGCCUCUCCUUCAGCCUUAUUAAGACUCCCAGAAAGAGUUUAGCAUGACAAAGUGGUGCAGCAGUUUGCACUUACUUUUUAAUAAUGUAUUUAGUCAAUGAAUUCAUUCAAAAUCAGAGAAAAAGGCAUCUUGCUAACCCUAUUAUAAUCCUUACAGCUGAAAUUUCUGGAUAAACUAGAUGUGAGGAAGACUGCUUUUCUCAGUCUACGUCAAACUUAUGUGCAGUGUGGAUUCUAGCUCUGAUGUUCAACAAGCCUUGUUCAUGAUGGUUUUAAGAGCCUCCCUUGAUAUCCUACUAGCAUGACAUUUUGAAAUGUUUCGAACCAGUCUUGAAACUUCUGACCUCACUCAUGCCAUGUGUCUAUUUUCCCUGCCAUUUCAUACACUUAAAGUGAACAAAAAUGCUGAUGCUUCCAUUUGUGUACCUUUAUUAUACCUGAUUAAAAAUUAAAAAAAA